GUUCUGUUUGCGCCACAGUUAAGUGGUGUUACGUUCCUCUGCGACGGAUAGUUUUCUCUGUUGUGAGAACCGCGGCUAAACAUAUUGUCACACUUCAGGUCGGGAACAAGAAGUGCUUCUGUAACAGCCAUGACUAUUCCACGUGUCCUCAUCCUGCUUUCAAUCACAGUUGCAGCAACAUCGCGACACCUCCAGAAGAGAGACUGGGUUCCUCCCAGAGACUGGGCCCGGUGUGCAGUGCUUGAGCAGCAGGCGCUGAACAACCUCACCGUUAUCAGAGAAAUAAUGCAACGCGACGGUCUGAACACUUUGGUUACCAAUGGCACUUUGAAUCUCGACUGCUCAUCGGCGACACUGGAAGGAAACAGAGCAUUGGGUGAUGACGUUUGGGGCAUGUGCAUGAGUAGUACGGACCAGGAUGUUUCCAUCUUCACCAGCGUCUACAGCCACAUCUGCAACAACCAACAAGCCUUCAUCCAGUCGGAGGCCUGUCUGAGCAGCGGUGCCCCAGUAGCGGCGAGACGUAGUUGUCACAUCGACACCACAGAUUAUGAAAGAAGAUGCCGUGAAGAGCCUGUCUGUAUUGAAAACAGUCUCCGUGGGAGAAAUGGGUGUUCCAAACGAAUAGCAUCUAUUCUACGACGCAUGGCUGCCCUUGACUUCAGCGUCAUCAUGGGCGACGACUGUAUUUACCGAGCAUUCUGAAUUACGGUUGGUUCCUGCUUUCUGAAAACGUCCCGGUUGCCUUGCAAGAGGUGUCAGAACACGCGGACAGCCUCGAUGAACACACGUUAACCCGGAACAUUGAAAUUGGAGUAUAACAUAUAUGCACCUGUUACCGAUAUUUUCCUCCUUUUCAAAAUAAAACGAUUUCCCCCAACUAUA